UGAGGGCGGAGAUCAUGGUGGUGGAGAAAAGGUCAUGCUGUCAGUGUCUUUAGCGUUGAGCAUGCUGAGGUGAGGAAUGUUGGCUCGUUGCUGUGGCGUUAGCAUGAAGGCAACAAAAACAUUUUCAACACGUCCAAAAACCGGAGGAGAGUUUAGCCUUAAAAACAACCAACCCGAUCCAGAGAGAAGGUUGAGCUCCGUUUGGUUCUGGUCGUACCAAGUCAACGUUACACGUUGCAGACUCUCCAUGUCGGAUUCUCAUCUGAAGCCGGACUCCAUAUUUCCCUAACCCUUACUGGUUAUCAGUCUGAAGACGUCCAGACUAGAGUUUUGUUCCUCUGUAUUUGCUGAGAGGAGAUGAAACGUGUUUGCACUGCAGCUGAGUAACGAUGUUCAUUACCCGGCAGGGCGGGUCAGGGCGGUUGGGGGGUGGAGGCAGGUAGACGCUGCAGCAACUCCACUCUGAUUGAAGUAGACUCUAACGAGCUCCAGCGGUCGUCAGGCUGUUGCUCUGUGGAGGGAGCUACCCCCCCACCUCCCCGGGAUCAGCAGACAUAUAAGCGGGACGCUGCAGGCUCUGCAGUCCGGUCCAGUUCAGGUUGUUCUGCUGCCAGUCUACCGGUGGAAACUCUGCGGUUUUGGUUCUGAGCAGCAGGAUGUCAGAACUUUUUCCAGUGUCUCGUCUGUCCUUCCUGCUCAUCUGGCUUCUGGUCCUUUCUUCCUCAGCGUUCCCUCAGCCUCGUCUUCCUCUCAGAAAUCCUGAAGAUCCGCAGGAAGCGAAGCGGGACGACUGGGAUGUCCUGUUCCCGUCCAUCUCCCUCCAUGACUGGAACAUCCAGAUGCUGUCGGCGCCGGCGGACAGCAAGGCCGGUCUGAUGGGGGACACCUGGCUGUUCGCACCGGAGCGUCCGGAGGCCAGCGUCUGGCCGGCGCAGUGGGCGUCAGAAGGGACCCGGAUGGUGAAGAGGAACAUGGUGGUGGCGGACGACACCGCCUUCAGGGAGAAGAGCAAACUCCUCACCUCCAUGGAGAGACAGAAGUGGCUCAACUCCUACAUGCAAAAGCUGCUGGUGGUGAACUCCUGAUGUCACCUGGGGCCGUUUGUUGCGUGUUGUGGACGGCGGUUGUUGGUGUGGAGGAGAUGACGUCAAUAAAGACUGCAAAUGUGCUGAUGAA